GUCCUCGCGGGAGAGACGUCACCGGCGCCCUUCAGCGCAGGGGAAAGAUGGCGUCUGCUACCCGUUUCAUCCAGCGGCUGCGGAACUGGGCAUCCGGGCAAGACUUGCAGGCGAAGCUGCAGCUGCGUUACCAGGAGAUCUCCAAGCGAACUCAGCCUCCUCCCAAGCUCCCCGUGGGCCCCAGCCACAAACUCUCCAACAAUUACUACUGUACACGUGAUGGCCGCCGGGAAGCCACGCCGCCCUCGAUCGUCAUGUCCUCACAGAAGGUGCUGGCGUCAGGGAAGCCAGCAGAGAGAAGAACAGGCGUGGAGAGACAAAGAACUCUCAGGCUCACUGAGAGAUGGCCCUGAACCCAGCCGCUGAUGAGUCUGCACUCAACCGCUACAUAUAGUCAGCUGGGUAAAUCCACAACUUCUUCACUUUUUCUCCCUGGACUACAGAUGCCAACCUCACAGGUGGUGUGGGACGCUCCCCUCCCCUCCCUUCCCCUCCCGCAGGCAGUCCUAUUUGCUGCCCUUUCCAACUG